UCAGUUGGUAACUGGCAAGUGGCAGGAUGGCGACGACUAUAAACGGUGUGUUCCGUGAAGAGAUACGCGAUGCUAUUUUACGUAGCAAAGUACUCGUCGUCGGCGCCGGCGGUAUCGGCUGCGAGAUCCUCAAAAACCUGGUUAUGUCGGGAUUCGCCGACAUUGAAAUUAUUGAUUUGGACACAAUUGACGUCAGCAACUUAAAUAGGCAGUUCCUGUUUCAAAAGAAACACGUGGGAAAAUCAAAAGCCAGUAUAGCAUGUGAAACGGCAUUGACAUUUAAUCCAGAUGUCAAAGUGAUACACUAUCAUGACAGUAUUACGUCAUCAGAAUUCGGCUUAACUUUUUUCAAAAGGUUUACAGUGGUUUUAAAUGCUCUUGACAAUAGAGCAGCCAGAAAUCAUGUAAAUCGUAUGUGUCUAGCAGCAGAUGUACCAUUGAUCGAAUCUGGCACUGCAGGUUAUGAAGGUCAAGUUGAACUCAUCAAGAAAGGCUUGAGCCAAUGUUACGAAUGUACGCCUAAAGCUGCACAAAAGACUUAUCCUGGCUGUACCAUUCGCAACACACCCAGCGAGCCUAUUCAUUGCAUUGUUUGGGCUAAACAUCUUUUUAAUCAGUUAUUUGGAGAAGAAGAUCCCGAUCAAGAUGUUUCUCCGGACACUGCAGACCCUGAAGCGGCUGAUAUAGCUGGAGAAGAGGCUUUGCAAGCUGAAUCCAACAAUAAAGGCAAUAUUGACAGGAUUUCCACACGAGCUUGGGCCCAAUCUUGCGAAUAUGACGCAGAAAAACUAUUCACAAAGCUCUUCCAUGAUGACAUCAAGUAUCUGCUGAGCAUGGACAAUUUAUGGAAAAAGCGCCGAUCUCCAACGCCAUUAAAGUGGAGGGAACUGCCAGAUGGAGUGGCUGGAUGCAGCAAAGAGAUCAAUCAGCCUGGACUGAAGGACCAGCAACGAUGGAGUAUUUCCAAAUGUGGCUCGAUUUUUGCAGAAUCGAUGAAGACUUUGAGCCAAACAUUGAAGUCUUCUCAAGAAAAAUCACCAGGCAAUCAUUUGGUUUGGGAUAAAGACGACCAACAUGCUAUGGAUUUUGUUGCUGCGUGUGCCAAUAUUCGCGCGCAUAUCUUUGGAAUUCCUCAGAAAAGCAGAUUUGAUAUCAAAUCAAUGGCUGGCAACAUAAUUCCGGCGAUCGCCACCACCAAUGCUAUCAUUGCGGGCAUGGUGGUCCUCCAUGCCUUCCGGGUCCUUGAGAACAAUCUACGAGCCUGCAAAUCUGUCUAUUUGCGCUUGAAGAUGAAUCACCGCAAUCAACUACUGGUUCCAGAAAAGGCAGUGAAUCCACCUAAUCCGCAGUGUUAUGUUUGCGCACCUACCCCGCAGGCUACGUUGGCAGUUGACACCUCCAGCAUGACUAUUAAAGAACUGGAAGAGCUGGUACUUAAGAACAGACUCAACAUGAUCGCCCCCGAUGUAAUGAUCGAUGGAACCGGUGCUGUCGUCAUUAGCAGCGAGGAAGGUGAAACGGAAGGCAACAACGAUAAGAAAUUGGAGGAGCUGGGGAUCAGGAAUGGAACGAUUCUCAAAGUCGACGACUUCCAGCAGAAUUAUUCACUGACCGUCUUUAUAGUUUAUCGAGAGAAACCUGGUCCAAAGGACGAUAGCCCGCAAUUUUUAAUAUUGGCGGAUAAGAACGCGCUUCAACCGAAGAAAAAUGAAGAAGAGAAAACGGAGAAGUCUUCCAGCUCUAACGGACAGAAUGUGAUGGAAACGUCAGAGAUAGCUAAGAAACGAAAAUAUGAAACUGAAGCUAAAGUUGCAGCUAAGAAACGUAAGGUGGAAGUUGAUAAUGGUGAUGAUAGUGACGAUAUCUGCAUUAUCAGUAACGACGACGUAAUUCAUGACAAUUCAACCGAACUGAAUAAAUUAACGUUGAGGAAACGGAAGCUUUCCGAUGAUGGUGAUUGCUUGAUAGUAUGUGAUGAUGAUAACGAUUAACUCUGAAAGUAACAGAUGAGCUUCAAAAGAAAGAGAGAUUGGUUUGAAAACGAAUUUGAAAACGUUUGAAAUUCAAAUCGAAACGAAAAAGAGAUAAAAU